ACUUUGGCAAGGACAGAUAGAGAGAGAAACAGAGAGUCUAGUGAGAGAAACAGAGAGGAGGCGAAUGGUCAAGCACUACCCCGCCGUGUCGUCGGUCAAUGGUCUAUAUAAACCCUCUGGCUACCUUCUUCUCUCUCUAAAUCCUUCUGUGUUUCUUCCACACCUUUUUUUCCUUCUUGUUUCUUGAGUCUUUCUUCGAAGGAGCUCUGAGUCUCUGUAUAGAUUUGAUUGCAGACAUUGAAUUCUCUCUCCCAUCUUUGGGUUUCAUUCUAUCCAAGCUUUCUCAAAACAAAUGGCUCAACGUCCACAUGUACCGCAGUUUGGCAACUGGGAAAGUGGGGAAAAUGUUCCUUACACUGUCUACUUUGAAAAGGCGCGGAAAGGGAAAACUGGUGGGAAAAUGAUAAAUCCAAAUGACCCUCAAGAGAAUCCGGAUAUGUUUCCCGGUAUUGCAGCUCAAGCUUCUCCCUCUCGAAGCAGAAAUGUGCCAGAGGAACCAGUAGGACGAGCAGCAGUUAGGCCAGCAGCACAUGAAGUUCGAGUAAGUAGGGAAGAUAGUGACCUUAGGCAAUUCAAUGGACCUCCGGUUCGUAAUGGCAAUAUGGGACCUAAAGGUGCUAAUGAGUCGUCAGCACAUCAACGCCAUGGAGGCCGCGGACCAAGUUCUGGACGACCAGUAAGGAACAGUGUUGGAUCUGAGCACAGUAUUGAGAGGUCUCCACUCCAUCCACAUUACCAGGCAAAAGUCAUGGGGAAAGGUAGCGAAUCUUCCUCCUUCGAAGGAAAGAACUCGUAUGAACUUAGCCAUGGAAAAUCUCGAUUGAAGCCAGUUACUCGAGGAGAUGAAAGUCCAGAUAGAGGUGCUGCGGUUCCAAAAUUCGGGGAUUGGGAUGAGAAGAAUCCUUCAGCAGCCGACGGCUACACUCACAUUUUCAACCAAGUGCGUGAAGAGAGGCACACCGGUCCUGGACAGGCACAAGGCACGGUGAACAAACCAUCAACAUACGGUUCAUACCCCCCAGUACAAAAGCGAAAUGCCAAUGGCAAUUCUAAGUGUGGCUGCUUUCCAUGGUGUGGAAAGUGAGGAUUUUGACUUCGUGGUUACGGACAAGGUUGCGCGGGAGCUGCAAAGAAUCUAGAGGCUCUCUCUAUGCAUGGUUAAACAUUUUUCGACAUUUUUCUUGUAACUAUAAAUAAACAUAAGUUUUUGAAGGUAAAUGUUUUUGCUCUUUCUUCUUCUUUCGCUUAUGUUUCUUUGGCUUCCAACUGUUGUAAGAGUGUUGUAGCAUUUGACUUCCAUUUUUUUUUUCCAACCAUGUAUUGAGUUCCUUUGGAUUCUCUAUUCAAAAUCAGAUUCUUCUUCUUUGCUUUUAUUGGGGCCUCAAAA